GUGCAGCUGACAUUGAGUUGUUUACAAGCGUCUAAAACAUUCAGACUGUCAACAUUCAAUGAUCUCGUGUGACUGUUAACAGCAGACAUGGGUUGAAGCUUUAAGACUCCCAGGCCCCGCUGCUGCUGCUAGUACGUGUAGGAGAGGAUGGAUCCCGCGAUCUCUUUCUGUGAGAUUGAUCUAGACGAUCUCGAGUUUUAUGAGAGAUGUGGUGGCGGAUCAUUCGGGAGUGUUUACAGAGCCAAAUGGAAGUCAGAAAACAUCAUUGUCGCUGUCAAGAAGUUACUGGUUUUGGAUAAAGAGGCUCAUGUAUUGAGUUUGCUGAGUCACAGAAAUAUUAUACAGUUCUACGGAGCUGUGAUGGAGGAACCUAACUACUGCUUAGUUACAGAGUUUGCAGAGAAAGGUUCCCUGUAUGACUACCUACAGAAUCCUGACAAUGUAAUGGAUUUUCAGCAGAUUCUUACAUGGGCAACAGAGAUAGCUCAGGGCAUGAAUUACCUGCAUAAUGAGGCACCUAUGAAAAUCAUACACAGGGACCUCAAGUCCAAAAAUGUUGUCAUCUCGGUCCAGGGUGUGUGUAAAAUCUGUGACUUUGGAGCCUCCCGGUUUAUGGGCAGUACCACAAAAAUGUCACUGGCCGGAACAUUUCCCUGGAUGGCACCUGAGGUGAUACAGAGUUUACCUGUCUCAGAAUCCUGUGAUACCUGGUCCUAUGGCGUGGUGUUGUGGGAAUUACUGACUCAUGAGGUGCCAUACAGGGGGAUCGAGGGGUUCCAGGUGGCCUGGCUGGUCGUGGAGAAAGGGGAGAGAUUAACUAUUCCCAGUACGUGUCCGCCAUGUUUUGCCAAGUUGAUGAGGCAAAGCUGGAACACUGACCCAAAAUUAAGACCCAACUUCAAGGACAUCCUCCUGACAUUACAUUCCAUGUUAAGUGAUGAUUCCCUACCAGAUCAGACAAAUUCCUUUCUAGAGCACAGAGAAGUGUGGAGAAAAGAAAUACAGGCCACCAUAGAAAGACUAAAGAGAGCAGAGAGUAAUUUGACUGCCAAAGAAAGGGAGCUAAUGGAACGAGAGAUUAAAUUGUUAGAAAGGGAGAAAACUCUGGAACAACAAUUCAAAGCUGUGCAUUUGGAUUCCUAUGAUGUCAAUUCAUGGAGUGAGAUAGACGUGUAUCAGUGGAUUCUCCAAAUGCAGAAUGGACACUCUAGUGACCUUGCCCAGUAUGCAGGCAUCUUCCUUCAGCACAACAUUACUGGCAAGCGACUGAUGAUGUUGAAUCUAGAACGCAUCCAAGCUAUGGGUGUUACCUCAACUGGGCACAGUAUGGAGCUUAUGACAGAAAUAGAAUUGUUAAAGGCCCACAACCACAGGCUGCUGAAUUUUCCACCCCUGUCUAAAUCUGGGGACACGGCUGCUGAUACUUCUCCUGUUCAUCGGCAGAUCUCCCUCACCCUCAUAUUUGGACAUCAUCUCAGGCAGGGGAAAAGUUUAGAGGAACACAAGUGGAAGAUGUACAUGGAGUUAGAUAAUGAUGACGACGAUGAUGACGUUCAACCUUUGACCUUUAUCAAGGACGUCGAGUUUGAGAGCCUAUUUUACGGGACGUUUCAUAUAUCUCAUCCCCCAUUUAUUAUGGAGAAGUGGUGCACGGGCAUUGUAGAAAAUAUGAAAGUGGAUUGCACAGUGCGCUUUGAAUCAACGGUGAAGAAACCAAAAACCAUUAAGUACAGCCAUCAGGUCGAUGCUUCAUCCACGACCUCAGGACAGAAGAUCGUGUCUCUGGUUCUACACCAGGUCACACACAGACAGACAGACGCGUCGUCACCGCCGUCACAGAAACCCCUCACUGUCUCCAAGUCCCUCAGCCACGUUCCCACCCCCACAUUACAGGGGGACUGGCUAAAGAGGGAAUUCAUAAACACUGCCGUGCCAAAUAUACCCCAAUCCAAAUCUCCAGAUGUUUGGUCGGGUGUGGUGUCGGGAAGGAAGCCCUCUGUUCCAACAAUCACUCGGCCCUCCAGCGUGAAGCCGAUCCCCGGCACCCCUCUCGUUCUAUAUUCUGACCCCCGGUACCUCCACCACUCCGUCACCGCGCCGGGAAACCUCUCAGAGUCUCUCCAGCCACACUUGACUGAAAUCUCAACGUCCUCACUGGCAAGUCCUGGCCCUCCUUCCUCAGGGUACGUCUCCGCCUCCCCUCAUCAUAACAAGUCCCCGUGGUCCUUCAGUCCCCGGGGGUAUACAGGCGCGGGGACUCAGGUAUCUACCACGAUACCACAACAUUCUGACCUCGGUGAAGCUAAGGUCACGUUUAAUCUGACCAGCUCGGACUCCUCUAACAGUACCGAGGUGAACAGUGCCGAGAGCGGAUUUAGCGAGAACAAAGUCGGUACUGAAAAAACCUACGCCUCGGUAUGUAGUUCCUGUAAAAGUGAAAUGAAAGAGCAGCCCGUCAGUGCUACCAGGUCUCGUCAUCAUAGCGAUGGAGGACCGCGGCCUCGUUCUGGAAGAGGAAGUGACGUAAUGAUGCACUCCAGCGAAGGCUUUUACAGAGGUAGGGGUAACUACAGACGACAAAGUGAAAGUGGGCAAACUCCACACGAGAGGCAUGUACACCGAGGAAAGGAAUCCAGAAGAGGGGCGGAUCGAGGUUAUCAUCACGGCUUUAGGAACGACUGGGAAAGAAAAUAUUCCGCCGGUCAGUCACGUGAUCAGAAUAGGCGGGGGAACCAGGAAUGGCGGCCGUUCUCUGCGGGAUAUAGAGGGCGUAGCAGAGGUCGGCCCUACAGGGGUCACGCUCAGAGAAAACUGAGUGAAGACUAUCAAAGGAGUUUCAGUGACCCGAAACCAAGGACAGAACGAUUGAAUGUUCCCUCUGACGAUCGAAAUGCGAACAGUGAAACGGGGGUAAAUACACCUGGGGAAUUUGGUGGAAAGGGUAACGAGGGGGUAAGAGACCCUGACCAGUCCAAAAAUGUCAGGGGAGUGUAUCAUGACGGGGGAAGGGGUCGGUUUAACAGGGGGAGAGGGGGGUACUCGCGGUGAGAUUCGAUCGACACGAGGAGGUUACAUGUAGACACAGGACAGAUGACGAAGUGAGACCUCCAAUCUCUUAAAUUAUUUCUUACCAAUUCAAUUACUAUCUGUACCUCUGGAAUUAGAUUGAAUUUCGAAUGGCAAAAAUACUCUGUGCGGAAAAUGAAAAAAAAAAGAAUGACGAAUUUCUAUUUUAGAACAAAUAUAGAAAUGAUUGAAUACAAUCAGAAAAGACAUGGACAAAGUGUGAAAUAUCCUAAUGCUCACUAGUCACUGUUUAUAUUUGCGGGACACUUCUUAUUUAUUUCAUUAGACCGGUGUUCAUUUUAAGCACCAAAUUGACGUUUUUCUUUUUCUCCAUUUUGGUAAAUGGAGAAAUACAACAAUUCAUGUUUUAGAGGGCAUUUUCUGACUAUGCAAAAUACAGACUUUUUUCAAUGCAUGAUCAGAAGUUACCUAUUUCCACACAAAAUCCCAAAAGUGCACAGUAUUUCAUUUAUGAAAAUAGUUAUAGAUUUGUGUUUUGAUAUUUUAAUUGAGCAUGAAAAUUAAUCUCCAGAUUUCAGUAUUUAUAUAUUUUUUAAAAGUAAAUGAUUUAUGACGUGGGUUCAUAGAACAUGAAUUUUAAAUCGAUAAUUUUUUUUAAAAAUGAUAAUUGUUCUUAUUCUAUCUAAUCAUUGCAUUCAUGUAUAUUUAGUUUAUAUCAUCUUAUCAUGACCAAAAUAUUGAUAUUGUGUACAUGUAAGCCGAGUUAAUACCGGGUUAAUACACGAGCACAUUGCUAUCUAUGUAUUACUGUAUGAAGAAGUUCGGAUGAUU